AUGCAAGCAUCACAACAACUCAGAGGUUCCCGCAUGUCCAGCAGAUUUCUCUAUCAACCGAUGCAAGAAGUUGAAGCUUACUGCAAGCCUCAGUUCCGAACUUUAGACCGCCAAAUAUACUACGGUGGCAGCACCCAAGGAACCCCCUUCUCCAUUCCAAACUCCCUUGAGCAAUACUGCACACUGGAGUCAUCUUCAGCAAAUGGCAGCUAUGCUGCUUACAACUCUCCGUCAACUGUCAGUUUCUCAUCAAAUGGAAGCCCCAGGUCGCAGAAAGAAUCUCAGUCAAAUUCACUCGAGGCACAUCAUUCCCCUGACAAUGCCAAUGGCUCUCCAAUAAGUGGCUCCUGCAUAACUGAUGAUGCCCAUGAUUUUAGGCACAAGUUGAGAGAAUUAGAAACUGUGAUGUUUGGGCCUGAUUCUGAUAUUAUUGACAGCAUUGAAAGUGCAUUUGACAGUGGGACAAACACCGAGUCACUGGAAAUGGAUAGCUGGAGACAAAUAAUGGAGGUGAUCUCUAGAGGGGACCUAAAACAAGUCCUUAUUGCUUGCGCAAAAGCAGUGUCGGAUAAUGACCUGUUAAUGGCACAGUGCUUGAUUGAUGAAUUACGCCAGAUGGUUUCAGUUUCUGGUGAACCAAUUCAAAGAUUGGGAGCAUACAUGCUGGAAGGGCUUGUUGCACGCCUGGCCUCCUCAGGGAGUUCCAUCUGCAAAGCUUUAAGAUGCAAAGAACCAGCAAGUGCUGAGCUGCUCUCUUACAUGCACAUUCUUUAUGAGGUUUGCCCCUAUUUCAAAUUUGGAUACAUGUCUGCAAAUGGUGCCAUUGCAGAAGCCAUGAAGGAUGAAAACAGGGUUCAUAUAAUUGAUUUUCAAAUUGGUCAGGGGAGUCAGUGGAUCAGUCUAAUCCAGGCCUUUGCAGCGAGACCUGGUGGGCCUCCCCACAUCCGCAUUACAGGUAUUGAUGAUUCCACAUCAGCGUAUGCCCGUGGAGGAGGACUAGGUAUAGUGGGCAAAAGGCUAUCUAAGCUUGCUAAGUCAUUUAAGGUGCCAUUUGAGUUUCAUGCUGCUGCCAUAUCUGGUUGUGAGGUACAGAUAAAAAACCUUGGUGUUCAACAUGGGGAGGCACUAGCAGUGAACUUUGCAUUUGUACUUCACCACAUGCCCGAUGAGAGUGUCAGCACUCAGAAUCACCGGGAUCGGGUGCUGAGGCUAGUUAAAAGCUUGGCUCCAAAGGUGGUCACCCUUGUUGAGCAGGAAUCUAACACAAAUACUGCUGCAUUCUUCCCUCGGUUCCUCGAGACAUUAAAUUAUUAUACGGCUAUGUUUGAAUCCAUUGAUGUGACCCUUCCAAGAGAUCAUAAGGAACGGAUCAAUGUGGAGCAGCACUGCCUGGCAAGGGAUGUUGUUAACAUAAUAGCAUGCGAGGGAACUGAAAGGGUGGAGAGACAUGAGCUUCUUGGGAAGUGGAGGUCGCGAUUCACCAUGGCUGGGUUUACUCCAUAUCCAUUAAGCACCUUGGUGAAUUCCACCAUCAAAACUCUGCUAGAGAACUAUUGCGAUAGAUAUAGGCUUCAAGAAAGAGAUGGGGCUCUUUAUCUUGGCUGGAUGAACAGAGAUCUGGUGGCAUCUUGUGCAUGGAAGUGA